AAAUAGAAAAGAAUGAAAAGAAAGAUAGUUACAAAUAAUAUAAAGUAAUUUACUAAUUUCUUUGAUGACACUCUACAGUAAAACAUGGGACCGAGGAAAGUAGGUAUUGAUGAUUGACUUCAUUCUAAAGCUCCCCCAACAUGGAAUUACCCAAUAUAUAACCAAUAACCUUAAACCACAUAAACCUCAGCAUAUACCUAUAUAUAAGCACAUGACAACACACACUCGUUCACUACACAAAACAAACAUACUUAUUAAAUUCCCCAAAAAGCAAAUAAUAACUCAAACACCCUUUUUUCCAAAUUCUAGUUCUUUAUUACUUUCCAAUUUUGAUAGUGGUCAAGAAAUAAUGGGUGUUCCUUCUCCUCUUCAAUCUUCACCACAUAUGGUGGUUUUUUCAUUUGUUAUAAUAAUAAGCUCUAUUUGGGCCUUUCCGAUGGCUGCAGCCAUCACUAGGCAUUACAAUUUUAAUAUAACACUGAAAAAUGUGACACGGUUGUGCCACACGAAGAGCAUCAUCACAGUGAAUGGUGAAUUCCCAGGCCCUCCCAUCAUUGCUAGAGAGGGAGAUAGGCUUUUGAUUAAGGUGGUCAACCAAGUUCCAAACAACGUCUCCAUUCAUUGGCAUGGUAUUAGACAGCUUCGAAGCGGGUGGGCAGAUGGGCCAGCAUAUAUAACCCAAUGCCCCAUUCAAAGUGGCCAAAGUUAUGUGUACAACUACACCAUAACUGGCCAGAGAGGAACUCUGUUUUGGCAUGCUCACAUCUCAUGGCUGAGAGCAACUGUCUAUGGACCCAUUAUUAUCCUUCCUACCCACAAUGAUUCUUACCCUUUUCCCAAACCCCACAAAGAAGUUCCCAUCAUUUUUGGUGAGUGGUGGAAUGCGGAUACAGAGACUGUUAUCAGCCAGGCUCUUCAGACUGGAGCGGGCCCAAAUGUCUCUGAUGCCUACACAAUCAAUGGGCUUCCUGGCCCAUUGUACAAUUGUUCACAGAAAGACACUUUUAGAUUAAAGGUGAAGCCAGGAAAAACCUAUCUCCUCCGUUUGAUCAACGCUGCACUCAACGAUGAACUCUUUUUCAGCAUAGCAAAUCACACUGUAACCGUAGUUGAAGCCGAUGCCCUAUACGUCAAGCCAUUUGAGACUGACAUUAUACUAAUCACGCCUGGCCAAACCACAAACCUUCUCCUCAAAACAAAACCAAAUUCCCCACCAAACCACACUAAAUUCCUCAUGCUAGCCAGACCUUACUCCACGGGCCUAGGAACUUUCGACAACACCACCGUUGCUGGAAUCCUCGAAUACGAAAACCCCUCCAACAAUCACCACCACCACCACCACCACCAUCAACAUCAAGAUAGUCACAAUUCAAAUACUACAAAGCAAACAUUAUUGCUUCUCAGACCAACUUUACCACAAAUAAACGACACGUCGUUUGCUGCAAACUUCAGCAGCAAACUCCGGAGUUUGGCCAAUUCUAAGUACCCUGCAAAUGUUCCUAAAACGGUAGACAAGAGGUUUUUCUUCACGGUCGGGCUUGGAACCAAUCCAUGCCCGAAAAACCAAACGUGUCAGGGACCAACUAACCAAACAAAGUUCGCUGCUUCGGUGAACAACGUGUCAUUUACUCUGCCUUCUACUGCUCUGCUCCAAGCCCAUUUCUUUGGGAGAUCAAAUGGGGUUUACACUACGGAUUUUCCAAGCUUCCCUCUCAAGUUCUUCAACUUUACAGGAGUUUCUUCCAACAGUACUAAUAUUACUAAUGUUAGUAAUGGGACUAAGGUGGUUGUGCUGCCUUACAAUGCUAGUGUUGAGUUGGUUAUGCAGGACACUAGUCUUCUUGGCGCCGAGAGCCAUCCUCUUCAUUUGCAUGGCUUCAAUUUCUAUGUCGUUGGCCAAGGUUUCGGUAAUUACAAUUCGAAAACCGACCCUGCCAACUUCAACCUCGUUGACCCUGUCGAGAGAAACACUAUCGGUGUACCCUCCGGUGGUUGGGUUGCCAUUCGAUUCCUAGCCGAUAAUCCAGGGGUUUGGUUUAUGCAUUGUCACUUUGAAGUCCAUUUGAGUUGGGGUCUAAGAUUAGCGUGGAUAGUCCAAGAUGGGAAGCUCCCUAAUCAGAAGCUGCUUCCUCCACCGUCGGAUCUACCCAAAUGUUGACCUUUAUUUGGAUGGUGACUAAUGGAGGACCUAUUAAUAUAUGAUGAGAGCGCGGCAGCCUUUUCCCACUUCCGUUUUUUAUUUUUUUUAACUUACAAACCUUUUUUUUUCUAUGAUUUUGUUUUCCUAUAUAUUCUCUUUUUGGUAACAGAGUGCUUGUGAAAUUUUCUACUGCGAAAUCCUUUUCCAGAGUCCUCCAAUAUUAAAUUGAAUAAAAUAAUAAAAGAGAAUAAUAUUGAGGAGAGCUUGUGUUCUACCCGGCAUGAAUAUCAGAGCUAGUUGUUUGUUUGUUGUAAUUGCUCAAAUAAGUAUAAUAAACACAUUCAUGAAGCAAUGCUUCUGAUUUAUUUC